AUGGGAAGGGCUCCAUGUUGUGAGAAAAUAGGACUCAAGAGAGGGAGAUGGACGGCUGAGGAAGAUGAGAUCCUCACUAACUAUAUUCAAGUCAAUGGUGAAGGUUCUUGGCGGUCCUUGCCUAAGAAAGCUGGAUUGUUGAGAUGUGGAAAGAGCUGUAGAUUAAGGUGGAUAAAUUAUCUGAGAAUGGACUUGAAAAGAGGAAAUAUUACGGCCGAGGAAGAUGACACGAUCGUCAAGUUGCAUUCCCUUCUUGGCAAUAGAUGGUCGCUUAUUGCAACACAUCUACCAGGAAGAACAGACAACGAAAUUAAAAACUAUUGGAACUCACAUCUCAGCCGCAAAAUCUACGCCUUCACUGCCCUCCGCAGAGCUGAGCACGGUCUAAACGUCAACGAUUUAGUUCUGAAUAAUACUUCUUCUUGUUCUUCCUUGGGAGCCAAUAACACGAACAUGACGAAGAAGAAGAAAGGAAGAACUAGUAGGUCAUCCAUGAAGAAACACAAGCAAAUGUUGACGGCCUCACAAUGUUCUCCACAACCGAAAGAGCUAGAGCGAGAGAUCAGUGAGGAAGGUCACAAUGGUAAUUGCGAAGGUAAGUCUUUGGAGCCUUAUGAGUGGUUGGAUGGUGAGAUGGAGAGGCUCAUGAGUAGUUUCGUCUGGGGAUGUACUAAUGAAGAGGCUGUGGUUGAAGUCAAUCACGAUUAUUCUGAUCAGAACAAGGUGUGUGAGAGUGGGAACAACAGUAGUUCUUGUGUGGGUGUGUCUGAGGAAGAAAAUCUAGAGGCUGAUCAUGAUAUGAAUGCCGAAAAGGAAAAAGAAGGGAGUGGUUUGAGUUCGAGUUCAAAAGAAAAUGGUGAUAAAGAUUGGUGGGUUGGUCUAUCUGAUUAUCUAGAAGUUGGAUUUGGGACUGAUGGUGAGUUGCUUGGUUGGGAGUUUCAAGGUAGUGUACCUUGUCAAAGUGAUGAUCUCUGGGAUCUCUCGGAUUUGGGAGAAAUAUAGCAAGUUGAUCGCAUACGAGAAAGUCUAUUAACCCAAUAAAUAUCGAUCUUUUGAUUGUAAGAUAUAGUGUUUUAUUUGGUUAUAGUGGAACUAGAGGUUGUUAAUUAUAAGAUUGUGCUCAAUUACUUUAUUAGAUGAAUGAGUAGUACAACGUAUAUAGAGCAGAGUGCAUAGCGUUUUCUAUACAAAAGAUAUUUACAGUAUCUUAUUUCCUUGUAUACUCUACAGCUGUG